GAAACGCUCUGUAUCCUCACCGUGUGAUAAAAGGACCUACUAAUUGCUGCAUAUCCGAAACUACAAACAUGGAAGGAGUAGGAUGUUACUAGCAUCCGCCGUAGUGGUAUGGGAAUGGCUGAACGAGCACGGACGCUGGCGGCCCUACAGCCCGGCUGUCUGUCAUCACAUCGAGGCAGUCAUCCGGAGCGACCCUCGGUGUGGUAGUGUCGUCCUCGGCCAGGUGGACUCUCGCCUCUCGCCCUACAUCAUCGAUUUGCAUUCCAUGCACCAGUUCCGACAAGACACAGGUACCCUUCGACCGGUACGACGUAGCUUCUACGACCCCACCUCAGCGCCAGGCCAGGGCUGGUUGUGGGAGUGGGAGAACGACGCUGGCAGUUGGACGGCGUACGAUACGGACGUGGGCAUCGCCAUCCAGGCGGCACGUGAUCGUCAGCAGCCCUGGCUGGACCUGGCGCCGCUGGGUUUCUGCUACCUCAUUGACUUCGAAAGCAUGACCCAAAUCAACGGGCAGACGCAGCGCUGCCGACGCAUCCAGCGACGCUCCGACCUGGCUUACCCGCUGGUGUCUGGGCCACUGCCCAAAUCCCACCACGCCUGGGGACCUACGUCCUUUCCUGGUCACGGAGGAUUACUGGGCGUGGAUGUGUCUGGAGUGGGCAUGGGGAUCAGGAUGAGCAGCAGUGGGACUGGGAACGGGAGUGCGUAUCCCAGCGGGGCACUCCCUGCUUCAGCCAUCACCUCUUUGGGACAGCCCUGCGCCUGUCAGCAAUGUAUGUUGGUGCUGAGUGUCAAAGCGGGCACCAUGUCGACUCACACUCUGGGUCGGAGACCUCCACAGACCAAGCCACCUAGCCCCAAAAUAAGCAGCCACUCGAUCCCAGGAGGGUCAUACUCACUAACCCUGCCUCGGCCUCCAACCCUGUCACGGUCAUUUUCCCCGAACAGGACAUCCAUAGUCGGGGCGACAGGUGGCUUUGGUAUAGGUGGUAUAGGUGGUUUAAGUGGUUUAGGUGGUAUAGGCGGUGCAGGAGGUGUAGGUAUCGUUGGUGGAAGUGGUCUUGGCAAUGCCGGUCUUGGCAUCGGAGGAGGCUUCAACCACUCCGUUUCCCUUCUUGGCUCAGCCACCGCCGCCCUUUCCAUCUCCUCCACUCGUCCCCCUCCUCCACCUCUCCCCCCUCCUCCGCCGCCUCCUCCUCCACCAUCCACCAAUCUCUCAUCCAUCGCCACCUCUACCCCUCAUCCCUCCACCUCCUCCUCCCUCUCUGCCUCCUGCUCCGCCCCUGCCGCGCCCGCUCCAGGCCCGCCUCUCAUCUCCACGGCCGCCUCCACCUGCACGCCCUCGCCUUCCGCCCGCGUCCUUGGCCCGGUGCCCUCGUCUGGUGCUGCUGCCUGUGCGGCCCCUCUGCCACCACGGUCCAGCCUAGCGGGGCUGAGCCGACCAGCGCUGCAGCGCAUCGCCAUGGCUCAGUCACGUGCCCUUAUUGCCUCUGGAGUGCCAACGGUUCCAGUAAAGAACCUCAAUGGAUCUAGCCCUGUGCACCCUGCACUGGCAGGCAUUACAGGCAUCUUGAUGAGCGCAGCAGGACUUCCUGUCUGCCUGACUCGCCCCCCCAAGCUGGUGCUCCAUCCUCCACCUGUCAGCAAAAGUGACAUCAAGCCUGUGCCCGGCUUGGGCCACUGCUGCCGCAAGACCACCAAGAAACAGGCCCGCAAAGGCAAGACCCCUGAGGAAGUGGUGAAGAGGUACCUUCAGAAAGUCCGCAAUCCCCCUGAGGAGGACUGCACCAUCUGCAUGGAGGCCCUGGCUGGACCAUCGGGAUACAAAGGCCCUGGGGUUGGGGGCAUCUCCCGGGCUGAGUCGGUGGGCCGCCUGGCACAAUGUGGUCACCAAUACCACUUGCAGUGCCUUGUUGCUAUGUACAACAAUGGCAACAAGGAUGGCAGCCUGCAGUGCCCCACCUGCAAGACCAUCUAUGGGGUCAAGACUGGCAACCAGCCCCCUGGCAAGAUGGAGUACCAUGUUAUCCCCCACUCACUCCCCGGCCACCCUGACUGCAAAACCAUCCGCAUCAUUUACAACAUCCCUCCUGGCAUCCAGGGCCCAGAGCACCCAAACCCAGGAAAACCGUUCACUGCCCGUGGGUUCCCUAGACACUGCUACCUCCCUGACAGUGAAAAGGGACGCAAGGUUCUGAGGCUGCUUUUGGUGGCGUGGGACCGACGACUCAUUUUCUCUGUGGGCACAUCUAGCACCACCGGCGAGUCUGACACGGUCAUCUGGAAUGAGGUGCACCACAAGACGGAGUUUGGCUCUAACCUGACGGGCCACGGCUACCCCGACCCCGGCCACUUGGAUAAUGUUCUUGAGGAGCUCAAGGCUCAGGGCAUCACCGAGGAGGAAUGUCUACCCAGAGACUGAACAGAGUUGCCCAAGAACGAAGAGAAAACCAGUGUCUGUAAACACAUGAUCCACAGGUGGUAUUUUCAAAAAUCCAACCUGAAAAAAAGAAACUGAGAGAACUUUUCUCACCAUAGAUGGAAAACAACUUCAAAAACUCUUAACAAGAACUGGUGGUUGUCAGCAGAAUUCGCUGAGGUCAAAAUUUCUCUUACGACUGCAUGAGUCAGUUUUGAUACGUGGGAAAUCUUUUUUUCCUCCUGUUGCAGUAACAGUGUCAAGAUCGCAGAUGUUAUUCAGUGAGACAUUUGAGACCACUGUGCACAUACGAGUCAGUGUUAGAUCAGAAAAAAAACUGUCAUUCAUACUGUGAGACUUCAUAUCAAGAAUGUAAACUAAGUGAAUUUUGCUGAAUUGAUGAAGUGUUUACCACUACUGCUGCUAUGUGGAAUUGAAUGGAAGAAAAGAAGUUGGAUCUGUAAUUUUUUUUUAAAGUGUUAGUCCACAAGCAGAAGAAACUUCUCACUGCAGAUAAAUAUUUCAAGUGUAUAACUGGAUAUCUGAGCAUGGAUAUUUGCUGACCUCUAGUGGUACUUUUCCAGAACUACAUUCCUUUUUAGGUUUGAUUUUUAAAUUGUAUUGUUGUAUAUUAUGAAUACUUGAUAUAUUAUACAAUAUUGUUUCCAUUCUACCAUGUUUUUUAUAUUUUAAUUUGACAUCUUGUUUUAUAUGGUGUAUUGUUUUUGGAUGAUGGGCGAGACACGUGAGGUGAACUUAAGAGAAGCUACUGGGUUACCAGAGUUUGCCUGACACUUUAUUAUGCCAUUUACCAACCCCUUUCUUUAAGUAUUAAAUGUUACUUUCAGUAUUUUGUAUUUAAUCACAAACAUACAUUCCUUAAUUGUUCUGCCCUCAGAGCAUGGGUACAUUUAAUAGCUUUCUAUGUCUUCUUGUAUCUGCAUUAAUUGUUAAAGACCGAUAGAAGAAAAGCUACCCUGGAUUAUACCAUUCCCCCUCUUAGGAGGAGUAAAUUAGGAUUGGACCUCCUGCCUGAGCUCAGAUUUGCACAGAGCUUUCUACUUAGUAUGACACUAAAAAGGAGACAGACAGCUUGUAUCUACUGUAUUUCGGUGUAGGACACACACCAGCCUCAAAUGCUCUAAUCACUACAAACUGUGGUCAUCAGUUGUUUUCGUCUAACUUAGUUUUCGCCAUUGGGAAGGUGCAAAAGACUAUCUCUUGUUGUGGAUCCAGCUUUGGCCAAAGUAGUCCAGUCAGUCUGCAUUCGGUCUAUUGUGGACUGGUUUAUUAUGAGGUAGAGAUGUACAAUGGUAUGCGUUAACAUACUAAUGUAGGCCAACAUUAGAAGCAUUUAUACUUUAUGAUACUUUCUGUAUGCAGUGUACUGUAUGUAUG